AUGGGUGUUGGAAUGGCAGCCUCCCUCGUGAAGGCAGGGUUCAACGCCUGUGGCUACGACGUUUAUGAGCCAUCAAUCCAGAAGUUCGUUGCCGGCGGUGGCAAAGCAAUAGAAGCGACAUCGCCAGCUGAAGCAGCGAGGGAGGCAGAGGUACUAGUCCUCAUGGUCCAGAAUGCUGCUCAAGCUGAGGAUGUUUUGUUUGGAGCUGGGGCAGCUGCGAAGUCACUUCCUGAUGGAUCAAUUGUCAUCCUGAACUCCACCGUAUCUCCAACGGCAGUCAGGGAUCUCUCAACGCGUUUGUCGAGUUUAGGAAAAGGGCUAGAGUUAAUCGACGCCCCUGUCAGUGGCGGGGUAGCGAGGGCAGCAAAGGGGGAACUAACGCUCCCGAGGGGGUGCGUGGUCGUCGUCAACACGGCGGCGGAGGAGGACAUGGCUAUCUUCGCCGCGGGGGCUAUUAGUGCCGAGAAACAGGGGAAGAGGUAUUGA